CCAUCACAAACCAGUUGUGCAGAAAGAGAGAGAUCGAUGGAGAGGAGUAAAGGCGCGGUGUGCGUAACGGGUGGCGAUGGCUUCGUAGCUUCAUGGAUGAUCACGAGGCUCCUUGAACACGGUUACUCGAUACGGACCACUGUCAUACCCGAGCUGUAUGGCAGCAGAUACAUCAGCUUCUUGACAAAUCUACCGGGAGCAUCAGAAAGGCUCCGAAUCUUCGCCGCUGACCUCAGCGACCCUCAGAGUUUCGGCCCAGCCAUUGAAGGCUGCGUCGGAGUCUUCCACGUCGCCACCCCGGUGGACUUUGAGGACAGAGAGCCGGAGCCUGUCGUCACCAAGAGAUCCAUCGACGGAGCGCUGGGCAUCCUGAGGGCCUGCCUGAACUCCAAGACCGUGAAGCGGGUCAUGUACACCUCGAGUGGGUCUGCUGUUCAACUCAACAACUCCAGCGCCGAUAUACUGGAUGAGGACUCCUGGAGCGAUGUUGAUUCCAUAAGAGAAAUCGCGGCCUUCGGAGCUUCGUACGCAAUCUCGAAGACGUUGACUGAGAAGGCAGUUCUCGAGUUCGGAGAGAGGCACGGACUGGAAGUGGUGACGGUGGCUCCUGCAUGCGUCCACGGACCCUUCAUCUGUCCCAAGUUUGCCGCAUCUGUCCGGACUUUGCUGGCUUUGGUAUUAGGGAACGAGAAUGAGUACUCGUUUCUUCGCAGAGUAUCUCUGGUGCAUGUCGACGACGUGGUGAGAGCACACAUCUUCCUCUUCGAGCACCCCGACGCCAAGGGGCGGUACAUAUGUUCCGCGGCCACGAUGACCAUCGAAGAGAUGUCCAAGUUUCUCUCCGAAAGAUACCCGGAGUUUCAGAUACCCUCACCAGAGUCCUUGAAGGAAGUGAAAGGCCAUAGGUUCACCGCCCUUUCGUCGAGGAAGCUGUUGGAUGCUGGUUUCGAGUAUAAGUACGGGAUCGAGGGCAUGUUCGAUGGGGCCAUCCAAUGCUGCAAGGAAAAGGGGUAUCUCUAGAUCAAUCGCGGCAGUUCCAUGCAGGCCGAACACAGUAGGUGUUCAAAAUACCAAAACUGGCAUCAGGCCGGAGAAUGUGAC